ACUUUUAUAUGGAUAACACCAACAAUUCCUACCUCCACCACCGCUAUUUUUUAUUUUUCAAUCAAAUAAUAAUUUAAUUUUAUUAAUUUAUAUUUUUCUGAUAUUUAAAUAAAUUGAUUAUUUGGAUUCUAUAUUAGUUUUUCUUUUCAAGAUUGGAGUAGCGAAAACCAGGGUGUUUGGGGGAAAAGGAAGUUGUCCAAACGGGGCCUUAUGUAGUUUCCCCUUGUCCUCUUUGUUAAUUAAUUAGUUUGUCAGUGCAGCAAGAGGAAGAGGAGAGCAUCCAUGUUAUUAAUGGUAGCAUCUUUGAGCAAAAUAGGCUUUGUAGCAGCUCCUAUAAUUUUGGAAAUGAGUAGCAGCAUAGAUAGAAAACUGAAGAAAAGAGUUGUUGUUGUUGUUGUUUGGGUGGUGUUGAUGAACUGAUGAUGAUGAUGAUAUCAUUAUGGUGGUGCAUAAAUGUACUUCACUUCUCCACUUUCUCCCCCGCUAUUCUUCAUCUUUUAUUGGGAGGCCUGUUGCAGGAUUUCUUGGUUAUUCACUUUAUUAUUCUACUGCUAAUCAAUUUGACUGUCAUACACAUGAUGAGAACAUUGGCAAACUAAAACUAGCUCAGGGCUUAGCCGGUUUGGUUCACGAAUCCUUGAACCUGGAGGAGAAAAAAUCCCUAGCAUCUACGAAAUUGGUUGAGAAGUCAAUUGAGGAUUUGGGACGUGUGAAACAUGGAGCAUCGCUGGCACGGGACUUAGCAAACCUGGUGGAAGAGAGUUAUAAUCUUGAUGAGACUAAACCGAUGGAUCGGGUGGAACAUAAAAGAUUACUUGAACUACGCAUAAAAAAGAGAGUUAAGGAACAGUGUGUAAAUGGCAAGUUUCAAAACCUCUUAAAGAAAGUGAUUGCCAAUCCAAAAACACUUUCUGAUGCUUUUGAUUGUAUUCGAUUGAGUUGUAAUGUUGAUCUAGUGUUGGAUGGUGAGAAUUUGCCUUUUGAAGCCUUGGCUGAAGAGCUUUCAUGUGGGUAUUUUGAUGUUAGUGCUAACACAUAUUCGAUCUCAACAAAGGGCUCAAAGAAACAAGUCCUUGUUUUUCCAAAUGUUAAACUAAAAAUUGUUGAGGAAGCAAUCAGAAUAGUAUUUGAAGUUGUCUACCGACCUCACUUUUCAAAGAUAUCACAUGGUUGCCGCAGUGGAAGGAGCCAUUUAUCUGCUCUUAAGUACGUUUGCAAAGAGAUAAUAAAUCCCAAUUGGUGGUUCACUUUGCCAGUUAGCAAAAAGCUCGACAAUCAAAUCCUAGCUAAGCUCUUUUCAAUUAUGGAAGACAAGAUAGAUGAUCCUUUCCUAUAUGCGAUUAUAUCUAAUAUGUUUGACUGUGGGGUGUUGAAUUUAGAAUUUGGGGGUUUUCCAAAAGGACAUGGUCUCCCACAAGAAGGAGCACUGUCUCCAAUUUUAAUGAACAUAUAUCUUGACCUCUUUGAUCAUGAAAUGUACAGGUUGUCAAUGAGAUAUGAAGCUAUUGAUAACGGAUCAAGCGCUGAAAAAGGUGCGGGCAACUCUGUGCUACGCAGUUGGUUCAGGAGACAGAUAUCUGGUAAUGGUUCUCAAGAAUGUCAUGAUUUGAGCUACUCUGAAAUUAGGGUGCAUUGUUGCCGCUUCAUGGAUGAGAUUCUUAUUGCCAUCUCCGGUCCCAAAGACGUUGCUGUUGCUGUCAAGUCUAAAACUGAAAUUUACUUGAAGAAUUCUCUUCAUUUAGAAUUUGAAAAUGAAAUAAAUGUUUUUCCAUGUGAUGGGCCUACAGGCAUUCGCUUUCUGGGUAGCGUGGUUAAAAGAAGCCUGAAAGAGAGUCCGGCUGUAAAGGCUGUUCACAAAUUGAAGGAAAAGGUAAAACUAUUUGCUUCGCAGAAAGAGCACUCAUGGGACACCGGGACAGCAAGAAUUGGUAAGAAAUGGCUCGGUCAUGGGCUGAAGAAGGUAAAAGAAUCAGAGAUUAAGCAUCUCUCUGAUGGUAGCUCCCUUUUGAGCCAAAUUUCGUGUUUUAGAAAAGAUGGGAUGGAAACAGAUCACUGGUACAAAGUCUUACUAAAAGUUUGGAUGCAAAAUAAAAAUGUUAAAUGCGCAACAAAUGAGGAUGUUAUCUUAUCUAAGCAUAUUGUCGAACCAUCUCUCCCUCAAGAUCUAAGAGAUUCGUACUAUGAGUUCCAAAAGCGUGCUCAGGAAUAUAUAUCUUCUGAGACAGCUUCGACUCUUGCCCUGUUGCCGAACUCCAACUCUUCAUCAUUAGCGACACAGAUCAUAGCUCCAAUCAGCAUCAUAAAGAAGCGACUCUUUCGAUAUGGAUUGACAAACUCCCAAGGAUAUCCCCGGCCAUGUCAUCUGCUAGUUUUUUGGGAUGACAAUGAAAUCGUUGACUGGUAUGCAGGUUUAAUCUACCGAUGGCUGAGAUGGUAUGCUGAGUGCGACAACUUUAAUGAGGUAAAGCUCAUUAUUUGCAAUCAAGUAAGGUUGUCUUGCAUCAGAACUCUGGCAACAAAAUAUAGGAUACAUGAGACUGAGAUAGAGAAGAAAUUUGAUUUUGAAUUGCGCAGAAUUCCUGCAACUGAAGAUAUGGAGAUUGAGAUAACAAAUGAAGCAACAAAUUGCGAAGCUGUUGAUAAUGAUGCCUUAAUGUAUGGAAUAACAUACAGUGGGAUAUGUUUAUUCUCUUUAGCAAGAAUGGUGAGUCAGUCACGUCCUUGCAAUUGCUUCGUUAUAGGAUGCUCAGCUGCAGCUCCUCGUGUAUACACUCUUCACGUGAUGGAAAGACAAAGAUUCCCUAGUUGGAAGACUGGAUUUUCUAGUUGUAUACAUCCCAGCUUACAUAGAAGACGACUUGGAUUGUGUAAACAUCAUCUGAAGGAUCUACUUCUCGGUUACAUUUCACUUCAAUCUAUUAAUUUCGGUGCUUGGAAAGGAAACAACUUUCCUUGAUUCCAAGUGGUAAAUAUGAAGACAAGAAGAUGGAAAAACCAUUUAAUUUUCUUGAAGAUUUGGUUUUGCUGUCUAUCUUUCAUUGACUUCAUUAUCUUGGGAGUAUGCAAUGUUUUGACAUGGGAAAUGUCCGAAUCAUGAUCUUCAACUCGUCGCUGUCGAAUCAUGCUAAAAGCUCAAAGUUGCUGACUUGAAGAUCCCAUGAAAGUUGUAUGUUGUUGGUUUGAUUCUGAGAAACUAAUGUGAAGGUAAAUUUAACUGUAUCCACGCCCUGAACGUUGAAUGAAGUCUAUUUUCUUGCUCUCA